CCUAAUAGUUUUCUGCACUCCUACUCAGCAUCUCCUCCAUCUUCCUCCAUCGUGUUUUAGUUGUGACCAAAAAUGGAUGCCUGUUAUAGACUCCUCCGCAACGGCUAGUUUUGUAACUAACUGAAGUAUUAGAAGGUAGAUUUGAGAAUACUAUGUACCGACCGAGUUCCCCUGAGUGUCAGAGACUCGAGAGUUGAGAUAGCUGCAACUGUCUGUGCUGGAGCAGGGGAACGGAAGCUGUUGUCCCGAAGAAGAACAACGAGGGUUUGGGAGUGGGAGUUGCCGUUGCUAGAGAAGAGUUGCGAGAUUGGAGGUGCCGUCGCUGAUUUUUUUUGGAGAACAGCAAUAUCUUAGACCUAGGGAUUUGGAUUUUGGAGAAGAGGGGUUUCGGUAGAAGAUAUUCUCCGAGUGUGCUGAGCUGAAUCCUGAUCCAAUUGAAGAUGAUGAAGAAGGGCAGGGUUGGGUUUUUAGUUGGAAGAUGAGGCUAGAGAGACUGAAGAUUCUGGAUGGGAAUUCUCUCACAAUUUAGUGAACUUGAUUGGUCAUUCAAAUGGCUAUCAUGACCUAGCUCAUACAGUGCUUCAGCUCCAGAUUAAUGAUUAAUGCUUUGAGGAUGUAGAAGAGAUGUAACAUGCAAGCGACAGUACCCAUCAGUGAGUCAUGUAUGCUUGCUUUUCGUUUAAACCAUUCGCUAGAAGUUUGUAGUUUGGCAGAGUAAAUUAAAUGCAACUUGCUUUAACCUUCACCCCACGCAUUUCUCUGUAUGCUUUAUGACUGGAUUGCACUCUUGCCCUUAUUUUAUAUCCUUUUUAUUUUCAUUCUCACAUUUGUGUAUCAGAUUGGAUAACAUGUAAAACAAUCAGCCAGCCUUGUAAAAGAUGGGUGAUCUUUUACUUUAGAUCACACAGAGGGGAUCCAUCUAUUUGUGGAGCAUUUAUUCUUUUUCUUUUUCUUGAUUAAUCAGAUCAAUUUGAUUUGUUUUUACAAAAUAACAAAAUUGGAAUUUGUUGGUUCAAAUUUAUGAUCCAAGAGUACUCUAUAUCCAUGGGUAAGGAUUUGUUGGUUCAAAUUUGGGUUCUGCUGCUUUGGCUAUGGUUGGACGCAACUCUAAUGGUGAAGUUUUUUUUGGAAAGACUUGGUUAUGUAUGGCUAUUUCUCCACUUAUGGCUGAGGCGGUUGCUUUGCUUAAAGCUGUUCAAUUUGUGGGAAACAUGGGAGUUCACAAUGUGAAAUUUGAGUUGAUAAUCAAGAAUUAAUUUCAUGUCUUCAACAAUCUAACAAACCUCUUCCAUGGGAGGCUAAGUCUAUUAUUAUGAGUAUUAAACAACUUUAUAGUCUCCAUCUUGAAUUUUUGUUCACAUGUUUCGCGGGAUGGAAAUCAGGUUGCAGCUGGCUGGCUCGUUCAUCUC